CUAUAUAAUAAGUUGCAAUGUGUACCUAUCUACUCUAUAUCAUCUAGUCUUAGGCAAAGGGCCACUCUAAGGGUUCUCUUCAAUUUGCAAAAAAAAUGGAGGAUUUAUUGGAGAGUUUGAGUUCUUAUAUGGAAAUGGAAGAUGAUGAAUUGAAUCAAAAUAAUAGUUCAAUUGAUGAUGAGCAAGAGUUCCUUAAAGAUAUCAUGCUUGAGCAACCUGAAUGUGAGUCCUAUUCUUAUAUUUUUUCCAAUAAAAUCCAAAAUAAUAAUAGUACUAAUGUUGCCAUAAUUAAUGUUGAAGGUAAUGCCACUAGCCCCACAAAUAGUAUUUUACCUUUUGAUGAGAAAAGUAAUAGCUCCAACUCAAUAAUGUCUUUGGAAAGAUGUGUUUGUUCUCCAGCCACAUAUCUUUUAUCUUUUGAUAACUCAAGUGUUGAACCAAUCAUUGAACAAAUGUCAAAUAAAAGAUCACAUGAUGGUGUUGAAUUUGAACCAAAGGUGAAUCAAGCAACAAAAAGGGUUAAAAGGGAAUCUGAGAUACAAGAUCAUUUAAUGGCUGAGAGAAAAAGGAGAAAGGAAUUAACAGAGAGUAUCAUAGCACUUUCAGCCAUUAUACCUGGCUUGAAAAAGAUGGACAAGUGUUAUGUACUUAAUGAAGCUAUAAACUACACGAAACAUCUUCAACAGCGCAUUAAAGAAUUGGAAAAUCAAAACAUAGAUAAGAGAGUAAAAGAUCCAGCAAUAUUCAUAUGGAAAUCUCAAGCUUCCUCAAAUAAAAGCACUACUAGUACCUAUUGUGAAAGGAACACUGAAUUGCUACUCGAGGUUGAAGCAAGAGUCCUAGAAAAGGAAGUACUCAUUAAAAUUCAUUGUGAGAACCAAAAUGACAUAGUGCUCAAAAUACAUGAAUUGCUUGAAAAGUUCAAUCUCACUAUAACCACUAGUAGCAUAUUACCAUUUGGUGCUUCUAUUCUUGUAAUUAACAUUUUUGCUCAGAUGGAUGAAGAAAACAGCAUGACCAUGGAUGACCUUGUGAAAAAUCUGAGAAAACAUGUUUUGGAGGCACAUGAUCGUCAAUGAUUCAAUAUUGAUCCGUUCUAGUGCAUCAAAUUAAAUAAAUGAUUUCUCCAUUUGUAAAUUAUAAUAAUUGAUUGUGGAUGUUUUGAAGAACCAACUCUACUUUAGUGCAUCAGUUUGUUUUCUUGUUUGUCCCGUAAUAAAAAAAAAUGUUGUGAGCA